AUGAGCCCAUUAACCAACGACCACUUCGUGAAGACACAACUCCUGGUGUUCUGUGGUGACCCCCUUAUGGGUGCUAUAGGGAGUGCGACAAGCACAUUGCCUUCUAACUGGUCGGAGUUGGGCGACUCUUUAGCGACACAGGAGAACAUCUUACAAAGCGGUCAUUUCGAAGCCGUGUUGAAGGUGAUUUUCUUCCUGGCAAUUUGUGCAGCCGCGUUUGUCACUUUCAACUACUACAUGAACUUGACUGAUCAAGGUGUAUGCAUCUGUGAUGGCGCAUCUCUGCCAGACCGCUACGCAAUGCUGUUUCGUAUCUGCGUGUGCACGAUGGUCGAAGUCGGCACGAUUUCUCUCUUCGGUUACGUGCUUAUUCUUUCACGAUCCGAAGCUGAUGGUAUGGGCAUCAACGUUGCAAAAUACUCACUCAGCAAACGAUUCCAGGUACUAGAACGAUUAGAAUUCUUUUUUUCUCGGUUUCCAUUUUUCCUACCUGCAGCAGCUGACUUGGCUGCAUCA